GUUAGCUAUAGUCAUAGUGUUAAAAUGGCGGAAGCGCGAAGUCCAAAGUGCUUUGAAAAAUUAUUGGUACAUAAAGCUCUUUACAAAGUAAAAACGCCUCCGUGGAAAGAAACUUUUAGAAAGCGUUGCUUGGAAGGUCUAAAAACCAGGCGCCAGAAAUUGCAUGAUCGGUUUCGUCAAGUGCCACAAAAUGAUGAUUUAAAGAACAGUUCCUUCAUCAUCAGCCAUGAGAACUUUGGAAAGCUGGUGGAAGAGGUUAUGGAAGAAGAAUGGAAUGCUACACUAGGAAGUCAAAAAAUAUUUCCAUCCUUGCUGUCCAAAGGUUUGGAUAUUAAGAUUUUAGAAGAGAAUGAUGAAACUGAUGAAAUUAUAAGUAUUUUAGGUAGAAAUCCAAGCAGAACUGAUGAUAGAAGAACAACAGCUUCAAAAAUUGGAAGAAAAAGAAAAGGUUGAACAGCGUCAUCUUGAAUGGUUACAGAGAGAUGAGGUUAUUUGUCCAGUAUGUCAAAGGAAUCCUCUUACUGAGUCUGCUUCUGUGAUUUCUUGUCCAUGUGGGCUACAAAUUAGUUCUGAAUAUGACCAUCUACCCUUACAAAGGUUUCAAGAACAGCUCAAUAUUGGUCUUACCCAGCAUGCUAACAACUGUACUAUGAAUCCAAAUUUUAGUCUUACUUCUAUGUGUGGUAUAACGAACCUGUUUCUUCUCUGUGAGGCUUGCGAUUUCAUAUUCAUAGUGGUGUGAAACAACAAACUCGUUGAGGAAAAUGAAAGUAUCUUUCUCUAAAUUAAGCUUAUUUUAAUUUGAAGACAAGUUACCUGAUUACUAAGAAAAAUUAUGGGUUGUCUAAAAUCAAUGUAUAAAUACUGUAAAUUUCAUAAUAAAGUUUUGUUCUGUAAAA